AUGGACCGGAAAGUGCUGGACGAGCUGCGCGCCAAUCUACGCGCAGCCAGGAAAGACGCUCAAAACGCCAGGGCCGAGGCUAAUACGAUACGCACCGAGGCCAAAAGAAGUAUCCAGGAGAUUAAUGAUAGACUUGAUCAGUCACGGGCAGAGACAGCCGCCGUAAGAGAAGAUGGAAAUCGUCGACUUGAGCAAGCUCAGCGCCAGUCGGAAGAACAUCGCCACGAGAUCGCUGCUGCUCGCCAGGAGACUGCUGCUGUACGGGAGCAAGCUCAGCGUCAGUUCGAAGAACAUCGCCAAGAGAUCGCUGCUGCGCGCCAGGAGACUGCUGUUGCCCGUCAAGAGACCGCUGCUGUACGGGAGCAAGCUCAGCGCCAGUCGGAAGAACAUCGCCACGAUAUCGCUGCUGCUCGCCAGGAGACUGCUGCUGUACGGGAGCAAGCUCAGCGUCAGUUCGAAGAACAUCGCCAAGAGAUAGCUUCUGCUCGCCAAGAAACUGCUGCUGCCCGUACUUCUGAUGCUCUCGCCGCUUCCCGUCACGAAGAGCUACUGACUGAAAUUCGGAAGCUUAGAGAACUGCUGAACUGGAAGUCCAGGACGUCCACUCGCAAUCCUCAGAAGACCGACCUGACGCACGAGUUCAUUAUCAUGGCUGGACGCAAAAAACACAUUUCCAACUCCAAGAAAGUGGAACACAUCCCAAAAUUCGAUCCCGAAACAAGGAGAGCACGAGACCGCAUCACCACAAGCCAGACACCAACGUUGCGAGAUGGUGAGUUCAUUCGAAUGAGCGUUUUGUCUCGUCAGACGAGAACGGCGGAGAGGGCGAUCCGUGAGCAUGAAAAGAAUGGCGAGUUCCUGCUCCAGCGAGGGUACAUGGCCAACGGCAUCGAUUUACGCCAGAAUAUUAAGGCUGCCGGCAAGCGCACAUACAGUGAGGUAAUAGAUCUGGCGGGCAACGGCAAACGAAGGAGACGCACUCUUGUUAACUAAUAAUCAACCACUUUUUUAGAGAAAC